ACCAUCAGGUCAAUUUUCCAUAGUCCACAAGUCCUGUUCUUCUUGAGUUUUCUUCUUCUAGGGUUUUUUUUUUUUCUCUCUCUCUCUUACACGGUCACUUUUCUCCAAAAUUCUUGAUUUCUUUGUCUUUUAAGACGGAUGUGAGAUCAAGAUCAGCCGUUCUUGUGUCACCUUCCAGGACGGUUUGAAAACGGCAAAUGAAUAUGGAAGCUCGAGUUGGUGUAGUGGUCGAAGGAGGGCAGAAGGCUCUUAAUUCUGCUCACGGCGCCGUCGUCGACGGCGGUGCCAGGAAAUAUUUACAGCAACAAGGCCAGAACAAGCCGUCGUUGAACCAGCAACCGCAGAUUGGCACGGUGCAGCAGCUUCUAGCCGGUGGUAUUGCGGGUGCCUUUAGCAAGACGUGUACGGCGCCUCUUGCUCGACUCACUAUUCUCUUUCAGGUGCAAGGUAUGCACUCUGAUGUUGCAGCAAUGAAGAAAACCAGCCUAUGGCAUGAAGCUUCACGUAUCAUCCAUGAAGAGGGAUUCCGUGCAUUUUGGAAAGGCAAUCUGGUCACUAUAGCUCACCGUCUACCGUAUUCUUCAGUCAAUUUCUAUGCUUAUGAACAAUACAAGAAGUUUCUUCAGUCAAUGGUUAGGGAAAGAUAUCAGGGCAAUGCCAGCGCGGAUCUUCUUGUGCAUUUUUUUGGCGGUGGUUUGGCUGGAAUAACAGCUGCCUCUGUUACAUACCCACUGGACCUUGUCAGGACCAGACUCGCUGCACAGAGAAAUACCAUUUAUUACAGAGGCAUCUGGCAUGCAUUCCAUACCAUUUGCAGAGAAGAAGGUUUCUUUGGCUUGUAUAAAGGACUUGGAGCAACCUUGUUGGGUGUUGGACCAAGUAUAGCCAUCAGCUUUUCAGUUUACGAGAGCUUGAGAUCAUUUUGGCAAUCUCGAAGGCCUCAUGACUCCACUGUAAUGGUCAGUCUUGCUUGUGGUAGUCUUUCAGGCAUAGCAUCAUCAACAGCAACAUUCCCUUUGGAUCUUGUGAGACGAAGGAUGCAAUUGGAAGGUGCUGGCGGGCGAGCCCGUGUUUAUAACACUGGCUUGUAUGGAACAUUUAAACACAUAGUGAAGUCAGAAGGUCUUAAAGGUUUGUACCGAGGGAUUCUGCCAGAGUACUACAAGGUUGUCCCAAGUGUAGGCAUCGUCUUCAUGACAUACGAGACCCUGAAAACAUUUCUAUCACAAAUUUCCUCACGUUCAUAGCUGCUCUCAAAUGUGUGAUUCUUCCAUUUGAGCUCAAUACGACAAUUUAGAGCGCCCCAUUCAUUUUUUUUUUCUUUAGAAAUUUUGUGGCAGUAAAUUUUUUGGUCGUUACUGCCAGGAGAAGACUACUACUAGUAUUUUUUUUAUCUUGUACAGGAAGAGUUUAACCCA